AUGCCAUUUUUGGAGUCAAUGUGUGUUCUCCUGAGCCAUUUGGGCUCCAGAGUUCAGCCAAAGAUGUGGGGCUUGAUCAUAGCCCUUCUGUUUUCCGUCGCUGCGUGCGACUUACAGCAGUGCUUCUCGUCUUCGAAGCAAGGCCCGAUUUUCUUGCAACGGGGGCUACGUAUCCGACCAGCGUGCUAUGGGUCCUUCGAUGGGGUGGUGGAGGAAGAGGGCGGCAGUGUUGGUACGGUGAAGGAUGCUACACUGGCUGAGUGCAAGAGAGCUUGCAACCGAGAGGAAGAUUGCAGGAGCUUCACUUUUUGUCAGACUUGGGCUCAGUGCUUCUUAAAGAAGCAAAACCUCACAGGCGAGGAGCCUACCACACGGAAUGGAGACUGCCAGAGCUUCUUCAAAGCCACCUGUGGAGGGACGGCAAAUGCUGGAUUCACGUUGAGAGUGGUUUCCUACAACCUCUAUUGGUGGAAUGCUUUUGGGCGGCCGGAAAACUCCUGGAAGCGAGAAAGUAUUCUGGAGAAUAUCAAGUCCAAUCUGAAGCCCGACACCAUCGGCCUCCAGGAGUGUGACUCCCCGGAGGUCUUGGAGUCUCUGGGCUUACAGCGGGCCUCUCCCUUCGAGGCUGCCCAGGGUGUGAUGUCCGGCGCCCGGCUACGCAGCGUGGGGGGCGGCCACGAGGACCUGGAAGCCACGGGGAAGUGGGGCAAACGCUACGUGACCUGGGCGGAGUUCCGAGAAGGCGAGAAGGCACACUUCUGGCACUUCAAUACGCAUUGGUGUGUUCACAGUGAUGAGCAACACACCUGCAACGAGGAGGUCCGUUUCGCUGGCGCCCGGAAAAUGGUCGAGACCAUCCGCAAGGUCGCAGGCGACGGCCCAGUCCUGGUGACUGGUGAUUUCAAUGCGCAGAUGGAGGAGAGAGGCCCACAACAUUUGCUGAACAGCGGCUUGAAGCUGGCGGUGAAUGAAUGGGUUGACAGCAUCUUCUAUUCUGAUCACUGGGAGCUUCUGGCAAAGGGGGCGAAGGAAGCCUCGGGCUACUACCCUGAGACCUUGGAGGUCUUGCGACAAGCCAAAGAGCAAGACGUGGUCCUCGGUAUGAUCUCCAAUCACCUCGCCUUCUGGUUCUAUCCAGAGUGUGGGGAGGUGCUGAAGGAUUUGGUGGAGCCCGAGCUUCUCUUGGUGAGCUCAGAGGUCGCUUGCUCCAAGCCUGGACAUCGCAUCUUCGAGCUGUUCUUGGAACGACUGGGGCGUUUGCAUCCAGGCUUGACUGCAGCUGACUGUGUCUUUGUGGAUGAUAAGGCUGAAAACGUGGCAGCAGCCGCUGCUCUGGGCUUUGCCGUGGUUCACUACGAUGCACGAAAGGCCCAGCCUGGAGAACUUGCCCAGGCACUCAAGGAUGCAGGACUCGCUUUGACUUGA